AUGCAAAAGCAUGCGCGGGCGGGGCUGCCGGACUGGGCGCCGGGCGAGCGGGCGGCGCUGGCGGAGGAGCUGAGCGAUGUGCUGCUCUACUUGGUGUCGCUGGCCCAGCAGUGCCGGGUGGACCUGCCCCGCGCCGCCCUGCGCAAGCUGGACCAGAACCGGGCCCGGUACCCGGCCGACCGCGCCCACGGCUCGGCUCGCAAGUACCCCCACUACCAGGCCGGACCCACGGACGCCCAGCGCCGGGACGGACCCACGGACCCCUGCUGCCCCCAGGACUGACGGCCGGGCACAGACAGACGGACUCAAACCCCUGCAGAGAGAUGGGGUGUGUCCCCCCCAACCACACCACUUUCAGCAGCCCCCAGCGCCGGAUUCCAGCCCAGCUCCCCCAUACCUACAGCAACCCCCUGUUCCCCCAGUUUAUCAACCCCCCAUCCCAGCCCACGCCCCACCUCUCACCCAGGGCCCCCCAAAGUUCAGCCCUGAGUUUCUCUUUUUCUUGGUGUUUUUAAGUAAUAAAAACCUCCUUUUUGGGGAGGCCCGGUUCUCUGUUGUGUCCAUUCUGGGGG